GUCUCAUUGAUGGUGCUGAUGAGUAUUUGCAGCUGCUGGAUGUGGCUAGCAACACAAUGCGAGCUCUCUGUAACAUGCCACAAGAACGUUAUUAUGAUAGUUAGGUAGCAUUCGAGCUCGGGUUGAGAUGUAGCACAAGUUACUUUCCAGUCGAGAUGGCAAUAGAAGCAGACGAUUCUUUCAAGAAACCUGGAGCUGUUCCAUUUAAAUGGGAGAUCCGACCUGGUGUCCCAAAGAUCCAACAAAAACAAUUACAGGAAAAACAGCAAAAGAAACCCCCGACAUUGCCAUCACCAUCACCACCUUUCAGUCAUCGUCAGCAAAAGAAAGAACUAUCACCCCCGACAUUGCCAUCAACUUCACCACCUUUCAGUCAUCCUAGUCCAUCGACAGCUCCUCUAGUACAAAAGCAAAAGCUUAAGCCUCCACCAGCUGGAUCCAUUUUCCUCCCUCCAUCAGAGCCCUGUGCCCGAUCAUUUCGCCCUGUUCUGCGUAGCUUGUCUGAGCGUUGGCGGUUCGAGCAACCUGUCCGUGUCCGACCUGAAUGUGUUUCAGCUGGGUGUUUCCCAUCACCUCUGUUAAGGAGAAAACAAAGCAAGAGGAGGACCGCCUUCAGCAUAGCCAAACCUGGAUCAGAACCUGAUUAUACCUCUGACCUUGACACGCUCUCUCGGUGGUCCAUUUCAAGUAGGAAGUCACUUUCGUCAUUCCGUGACUCACCAGCGUCCUCAUUUUCAUCAUAUCACUCAUCACCUCGACCCGUGAGUGAUGCCGAGUGGGCUGGGUUUGGACUUUUUUGAAGAACCCUACUAUAUAUACGCUGCUCUUUCAGAGGUUCUUUGAAGGAAUGUAUCUAUUGUUGCUUUGGAAUGUUUACCAAGUUGGUCAGCUUUGAAUACUUUGAUUGCUCUGCCGUCAUGGAAAAGCACUAUUGCCGCUUGUGUUGCCACUUUGUUGGAUCAGCAGCCCAAGAUGACCUGUGGAUAGUUGUUGUUAUAGUAAAGAGUAUUACUUGCAUGGAGUACUCUCGGAGUGUUGUUUUCUAUAUAGAUAAGGUAAAAGAUGCGACGAUGUUGUAAAUAAUUUUCCCAGAGGCUAUGGUCAAUGUCGUUGUGUAAACGCCAUUGCCUAGUUAUGUUACAGACAAGGGAAGUUUCAAUGAAGAAAAAUGUUUCUAUCAA